CUCUCUCUCUCUCUCGCUCUCUCUCUCUGGUUUUCCUCACCUUUUCUUCCUCGCCUCUCCAACCCCCAAUGCGCUGCUUUCCUCCCUCUGUAACUCCCAUGUCGUUGCACUCUUCAUCCUCCUCCUCCCUCCUCUUAGCUUCCCACUGUUGAAAACCCUCUCCAUCGACCCCACACCCACACCCUUCUGUUUUACUUCCCUUUCCCCACAGGUUCCCGCAAAAAGACAAAGCCUCCUUCCCCCCCUCUUUUAAUGGCCUCCAUGAACAACUGGCUAGGCUUCUCUCUCUCCCCUCAAGAGCUCCCCCCUUCGCAGUCCCACCAAACCCAUCCUUCCUCUGGCAUCAUCUCCAACGACGAGGUGUCAGCCGACUGCUACGGCCUCUCCACCGACUCAUCGUCGACGGCUCCCCUCGGCAUCCCGACUCUGCGGCCAGAUGGCUCUUUUGGCAUCUUGGAAGCCAUUCACAGGCCCGGCUAUCAUUCCCAAGAUUGGAGCAUGAAGAGCCUAGAGUAUAAAGGAAGCUCUUCUGAGCUAUCGAUGUUGGUAGGGGCAAGUAGCAACCAGAACACCAUGGACAACGAGCAGCCCAAAUUGGAAGACUUCCUCGGUGGGCACUCUUUUGCGCGACAUGAUCAGAAGCUCCCGUCCAUCGCUGGAAAUUACGACAAUCCCGGCGGCUACAUGUUCUCCCAUGGUUGCAACAAUGGAGGGCUAAUGAGCAGCAAUGCAGGAUGCAGCAGUAGCUCCAUUGGGUUGUCGAUGAUCAAGACCUGGCUGCGGAACCAGCCGGCGCCACCGUCGCAGGUGGAAGGAAACGGAACCAGCGGAGAUGGUUGCAGCACUAUGAAUGGUGGCGGUGCAGUGGUUGGGAACGUUGGUGGCGCACUAACAAGUUCACAGAGCUUGUCCCUGUCGAUGAGCACCGGGUCGCAAUCCAGCUCGCCGUUGCCGCUCAUGGCGGCAGCUGCGAGUGGGGGAGGGGAUAGCUCGUCGUCAGAGAGCAAGCAGAGGGAAGGUAGUGGGGUGAGCGCUGCACUCGAUGCACAGAGUGGCGCGUUAGAGACAGUGCCAAGGAAAUCGAUCGACACCUUUGGGCAGAGGACUUCCAUCUACCGGGGGGUUACAAGGCAUAGAUGGACAGGCAGGUAUGAGGCUCAUCUAUGGGAUAACAGUUGCAGAAGAGAAGGACAGACUCGCAAAGGUAGACAAGUCUAUUUAGGUGGCUACGACAAAGAAGAAAAAGCAGCUCGGGCUUACGAUUUGGCUGCUCUCAAGUACUGGGGUACUUCCACGACCACCAACUUCCCCAUAAGUAACUACGAGAAAGAGUUGGAGGAGAUGAAGCAUAUGACGAGGCAGGAAUACGUUGCCUCUCUAAGAAGGAAGAGUAGUGGGUUCUCUCGCGGUGCUUCUAUCUAUCGUGGGGUGACGAGACAUCAUCAGCAUGGAAGAUGGCAAGCAAGGAUAGGAAGGGUAGCUGGAAAUAAGGAUCUGUACUUGGGAACCUUCAGCACACAAGAGGAAGCCGCAGAGGCCUACGACAUUGCGGCCAUAAAGUUCCGAGGCCUCAACGCCGUCACCAACUUCGACAUGAGCCGGUACGACGUGAAAGCCAUCCUCGAGAGCAGCACGCUCCCCAUCGGCGGCGCCGCCAAGCGACUCAAGGAGAUCUCCGAGCACACGGAGGCGAGCGUCGAUGGGAGGAUGGCCGAUGUUGGCAGCAUCACCUCCCAUCUGACCGACACCAUCAGCAGCUACGCCUCCCACCACCAUGGCUGGCCGACUAUGGGCUUCCAGCAGUCCCAGCCGCUCGCCGUUCACUAUCCUUAUGGCCAUCAGCCCCGGGGGUGGUACUGCAAGCAAGAACAGGACGCCGUCAUCGCCGCCGCCCACGGCUUGCAGGACCUCCAGCAGCUCAACCUGGGGAACAGCACCCACAACUUCUUCCAACCAUCCGUGAUCCACAACCUCGUGAACCUGGAAUCAUCAUCGAUGGAUCAUGGCACGGGGUCGAAUGCUGUGAUCUACAGUGGAAAUGUCGGGGGGAGUGGUGGGAGCUAUCAAGUGGAUGGCAGCGGUGGGUUCGUGAUGCCCGUAGGCACCACCAUGGUGGGCGAUCAAAACAAUCCAGGCAGCAGCAGUAGCUACGCUGAGAGCGAGGGGAAGCAGAUGGGCUAUGAGAAUAUUCUGUCCACCGGUGAUCCUUAUGCUGGUAGAAGCAUAUAUUAUCUAUCACAGCAGUCGGGGGGAGGCAGUGGAGUGGUGAAGGAGAAUGGCUAUGAGCAGAUGAAUGGGUGCAACGCUUGGGUGGCUGCACCAGUGCAGGCUUCUGCAAAUGGAGGGAACAAUGUUACUGUUUGCCAUGGAGCUCCACUUUUCACAGUGUGGAAUGAUGCUUAGGUGAAAAGGGGAGAGGAGAGUAGGUUGACUAGAAGGGAAGGAAUGUGGUUAGGGGAAAGGAAAGAAAAGAAAAUUCUAGUUAGCUCCGGAUUUUGAUUUUGAUUUUUCUGGAUGAUGAUGAUGAUGAUGAUAAGGUAAAAAAGCUUCUAAAAUUUUCUUUGUUGGGUCAGUGUAACUCCUCUUCUGUCAUUAAUUAGCAUUAUCCUCAAGUUAUGGUCAUGGCUUGUGAGUAUUGAAGUACUGAUCAUUGAUCAUGUCUCACUUGCUGUCAAUUUUGGGAGCUUCAUAUGAAUGGAUAUGCUGCCUGAGGGGUUCUGUAAA